AUGCCACGCGACGGAGCUCAAGCCGGCGAGCCGAGCUGGAUGUCGCUGCCUCGAAAAGAUCAGCUCGUUAUUCUCUUCCUCUGCCGCCUCGUCGACUUCUUGCAGGUAGCCUCGUUACAGGCCUAUGUCUUCCAUCAAGUAAAAUCCUUUAACGAGUCCGUGUCCGACGUUCGCGCCUCCCAGCAGGUCGGCCUGUUGCAGGGAUGCUUCGCAGGCGCCCAGGUCAUAACGGCCGUCUUAUGGGGCCGUGCAGCGGAUGCGAGCUGGUGCGGCCGCAAGCGCGUGCUCGUCAUCGGCUUGGGCGGCACGGCUCUGUCCUGCUUGGGCUACGCCUUUGCGACGACGCUGCUGUGGGCUGCUUGUUGGAGGGCGUUUGGAGGCGCCACCAACGGCACUGUUGGCAUCAUUCGAACAAUGAUUGGGGAGAUUACAAAAGAUUCAAAACAUCAAUCUCGAGCUUUUCUGAUUCUACCUAUGAGCUUCAACAUCGCCGGCAUCUUCGGUCCAGUGAUGGGGGGUCUACUGGCGGACUCGGUCAAAACCAUGCCGGGACUCUUUGGGGAAUAUGCCCUCUUGGACUGUCAGUGGAUUCGUGAUUACCCAUACGCCCUGCCGAGCCUCAUCAAUUGCAUUUUCCUAACAGUUGUUACCGUUAUUGUGUUCCUUUUUGUGGAAGAGACGUCCAACGCAAGAAGGGGUGAAUUCGACUACGGACUACAAAUAGGGAAGCGUAUCAAACAAGCCGUCUUGCCCGCGACUAAAUCGCAGGACGGAUAUUCUUACAUUCCUGUUCAGGAGGACGAUCAUGGCAUGGAGAAUCUGGAACAACAAGCGGCAACAGCUGCAGAGAUGCCCUCGCCAAGUCGCCACCCGCCCUUUCUGAAACUCUGGACAACCAACGUAUUGUUUACUCUUCUCACUAUCGCUCUGUACGACUGCCACCUCGGUGCCUUUGCCAACAUUUGGCCCCUUGCUCUCUCGACACCCCGAUACUUGCCCUUUAGACCCGAGGAUCAGGGACGCGACCCCGCAAAUUCCUCAACAGGUGGUCUCGGGAUGCCAGCGUCGACAGUGGGGCUUGCCACCUCUCUUCUAGGAAUCUUUGGCCUAUUGCUCCAAGUUACCCUCUACCCUCCUGUUCAAGCAUGGCUUGGCACCAUGCCAUCAUUUCGAUACUUCCUUGUCUUGUUUCCCGUGGCCUACUUGGCCGGCUCAUUUCUGCCCACCUUGCCGUCUUCCAAGGCCCCGCCCGAGCCCGCGGCCGGAGUUUUGGUUUGGAUCGGCAUUGUCCUGGUGCUCGUGCUGCAUGUCAUCGCAAGGACAUUUACAUUGCCAGCAAGCAUCGUGUUGCUCAACAAUUGUAGCCCUCACCCGAGCGUGUUGGGCACCGUCCACGGGCUGGGACAAAGCGUUUCGGCGGGCUUCCGCACCGUCGGGCCUGUAGUCGGGGGAUAUCUAUAUGGAUACGGGCUUGAGAUUGGUUUCGCCGCCUGUGCGAUGUGCAUGCAUGAGGGAGGUUGA